UUUCAGGGGAUGAUGCCGCCAGAUUUUUAGGGGAUAAUGCCUAUUUUGAAACAUAAUUUGUAAACAAUGUAAACAAGAGAAAACAAUGAAAUGUUUGGUCAAUUUUUGUUUUGUUUGAUUCCGCCUACGUAGUUUGCACUUCAAGAGAGCACCCUCAUUGCAAUUGCAGAAUAUGUUCGUUGUGAAGUUUAAAUGAGUAAUAUUUUUUAUCUUAUUCAUCAACUAUUAUAUGUUUUUAAAAAUAUAUGAUAUAAGAUUUGACUUGUAUUUUGGAAGAUGUUUGGCAUACACCAGGGUGCAUUCCAUGUUAACUGUACGCCGAAGGUCCACAUGGGCAUUUGUUUAGAAACGCCAAUAACAUAAAAGCAGUUAGUAAAACUGUAAACAUUGUUGCGCCAGGACAAAUGAAAAUGAUUAUUAGAGAAAACUGUGGUGCAUGAGUCUUUAUUUUACGUGAACUAUGUAUAUGGCUUCUUGUUUAGCAUGCCAACUAAAGAAAAUUUUAAGUACACCAAAAUUUUUUUUAUUGGUUUCCAUGCCAAACGCCAAAAAAACCUGGGUGUAAGCUGAAGAAGAGAUUGAUGUUUAAUACUCUGAGGAGUGUCAGACCAAAACAAAUUCGUUUGCUUUUUUCAAAGCCAUUAUUCAAGUAAUUUUGCAAGGUACAAAUAAUUUCCCUUGGCUGAAAGUUGUUAAAAAGCAAACAGAAAAAUAUGUUUUCUCCAAACUCAUUCUGCUUUGUCUGCCUUUGACUAUGGCCCUUAAUACACUCUUUUUUAUAGGAACCAGCAAAUUUAAGUUCAGACUGACUUUUCUUAAUUAUGUUCUUAAAUAAAUAGUGUGUAAACAGUGCGAUUGCUAGCUUUUUUGCUCUAAGGAAGUGUUCAGGCCUCAUUUGCCAUCAACGUGAGUGAGACAAUCUUCAUUUGCUGAUAAGUUUUAAUAUUUACCGAAAAAGCACCCACACAUCGCUAAAAAAUCCUCGUUUUGUAGCUCUUCAUAUUAUUGCUCUUCAGUCCAUUGCAUCCUGCUUUAGGAAACAGAACAGAGAAUGAUAAAAAUUCUCAAGCUGACAUUACGUCUUUUAUUGAGUGAAAGGUCGAAGGUUUGUGCAAUACGCAUGAGCUUGAUGUGUUUCAUAUAUGGAAAGUCUAAUAAAAGAGAGAUUGAAAAAACUGCCAAAAUAUAUAAGGUCAAUAAUGAUCAUAGUUGUACUCCAAUAAAGAAAAUGAGCUUGGAAAUGGUGUUUCAAAUAAAACAUGAUUGUCAUAUUUUAGCAGGUUCAACAGUAUAAGAUUUUAUUUACUUUGGUGCAAGUCUUGUAUAGAUUUCAAAUCAUUGUCACUAUCCAAUUUUACAAUUUCAAAGAAGUAAAUUUUGAAUUAACAAGUGAGAAAUUCAUAACUUUUCAAGUUUUUUUAACUUUUAGUUAACAACCUAAUGAGGGUUUCUUCCACAGUUUUGCUUGGGAGAAGUGAGGGGUUACUGUUUCAUCUGAUCUGAUGCUAUUUUAUCUUCAGGUUUCUAUUAUCUGUUACUUGUUGUCUAUUGUUUUCUAUGCAAUUUGAUUGGCUAAUUUUCAUUCUUGUUGUGUAACUGCCUUACAGUUGUCUUACUCAUUUUCAGGAGAUUACUUACUUUGAGAUCUGUGUCAUCUGGUUAUUUGCAAUUAUAAACAUCUUUUAACAACUGAUGCAACGUAAAGCAUUUGUUUGCAUGGCUUUGCUGGUUAAGCUAUUCUAACGACUGAUAACUCUGUGUACUAGCAUCCAAAAAAGAAGCAUCAUCAAGGCCUGUUUACAAUACCACAAUGCCUAAGAAUCCACUUAAAGUGGUUAUAUUAGGUGCUCAGUUUGCUGGAAAGACAUCUUUGAUUGAGCAGUGUGUCAAUGGGGUGUAUGAGAAAGAAAGUACAUUUCCAACAGUAGAAGACACAUACGAAGCAUGGGUUGAGGUCGAGAGAGCUCAAAGAGAAAAGAUUAGAAUCUACGACACCGCAGGACUUAACGUAGAGUCUCCACAAGUUCCUUCCCAUUACCUUCAUAUCGCUGAUGGCUUUAUACUCGUUUUCAGCGUUUGCUGCGAGAAAAGCUUCAAACUCGUGCACGAUUUGAAAAAGGAAAUCGAUCGUGUACGAGGAAAAGAUUUCCCUAUUUUGGUUCUUGGAACUAAAGUUGAUUUGGUGGAGGAAAGAAAAUGUGAUCAUAACAAUAUUAUGCAAUGGUCUGAUACGGAAAAAGUGAAGUUGUUCGAGGUUUUGACAUCAAAUCGAAAGACACUUCAGGAACCAGUCACUUGGCUUGUGAAGAAAAUGGUAUCAUGUUGUGGCAAAGGCUCAUCGCAAACAGACAUCAAGAAAAUUUUCAACAGAAAAAGCACAAAUAAAAACAAAGAAGGCAGCGAAAGCUGAUUCACAAUCUGCACAUUUUCUUUCUUGAAUUCUGCAGCCACUAUUGCAGCCAAAUUCAUUACAGUUGUUUAAAGUCAAAACUGAAGUAAAUUUAAUCAAUGUUGUUGCAAGCCAAAUUUGAAAUUUAUUGUAUUGACAGUUGUUGUACUGCUGUCAUAUAGAAGGCUUGAGGUCUUUGGAGAAAGAUUUGAUUUCGCUUCACCCUAAUUUCGAUCUUCUUCAGGAAACAGGCUUUUGGAAAGCUAAAAUAAACUUUUUCACGGAGAUAAUUUUCGUGGAAUGAUUCCUACCUCAACCUUGACUUGCUACAAAUCUUCGUUCUGAGGCAGAUGAACACUUUUCAUUCUGGCACCCUUUAAUUGCUGCUCCUCCACAACAGGCGUUCGGAAAUGAAUCCCAUGAACGAAACUCAGAAAUCAGAACGAAAACUUUUAGCAAGACUUUAAAAUCUUUACAUCUUUUACAUCUUUAGAACUUUGAUUAUUUGUAUAUUAAUGUAUAUAUGCACUAUUUGAGGUAAAGAUUUUCGAGAAUUGUGUGGUUUUUGUCAAAGCCCCUUUACGUCAUUGUAUAACCACAGAAUUAAGAAAAUAAAUCAGCAUUCUAAUUAAAGAAUGAAGUUUUGUGCCUUUAUAUUUUCUAGAUGGUUCUUUGAUUUUCAAUCGUGUGUUUAGCGGAGUCCUACAUCCUAGGGUGCUCUCUAGGUGGUUAUGCAUUGGGUUUUAUGGUAGAAUACCGUUUGGUUUAGUUAAUAGUGCUCAUUUUUGUCUUAUAGUUCAACAGACUUGAUUGAAAUCGAUAAGUUUUAUUUUUGUUGUACCUUUUAAGAGAAGGAAACUCUUUCAACCACUCACAUUUUAAGAGGAAUGGCUCAAAAUUUUGAUAUGCAGUGCAGAAUGAAAUGAAUGAUGCUAGGGAAUUUUCAAAAAGCGAAAUGCAUCGAGUUAGGCACCAGAAAAGUCUUGUCCGAUUGGCACUUCAUGCGAUUGACAGGCAUUCGCCUAAUAUCAUUGUGAAAUUCUCACAUUUGUAGAAUUGCUUUCAUUUUUGCCUCCACCAUAUGAAAGCUUUUUCUUUCAAGGCGGGUUUCUCUUUCUUGAAGGGACAAUGAACCAUAGUAUCAAAAUUUUAUCUUGACUUAUAUCUGCACAACAUAUAUUGUUUGCCAUACAUGCUGUCAAAAGAGAACACAGUCCUUCAAUUAUUCUUUCCAUAUUGUACUGAUUAUGAAGCAGAUUCAGCUAUGGAUUUUUGGUAACAUGAAGUACCCGUGUAGGGAAAAGUCUUGCUUUAUCUGCAAUGAAUAGUUGCAAUUUCGAUAUGGAACCUGCAGGCCGGAAA